AGAAAAAGGAAAAUUUGAGGGUCCGAGACAAUGGUUGGAGGAAAUUUCAUGGCGCAAAACUCCACACAAGAAUCGUUAUACGAGGAGGUAAUUACAAAGCACCCAUGCCCGCCCAAGACUGAUAUAAACAGCAAUAUUCACAUCGACAUAAACAAUACUUCUGUCCCGCGAGGGAAAGAGGCAAAAUCAGUAGGGAUGCCAAGUAGCGACACAAGGGAUCAUGAAGAAGUUAUGGAGGAUUGCGAAAACAUCUACGAGAUUAUACCAGGAGAUCAGUGUGCGCCACAAAAUAUUAAGCCCUGUCCAGUGAUUCGUUCUUUUAGCUUGAGUAGUGCGGAUAGAAACAAAGAAAGUCUUGAAAGGAAGACAGAACAGCUCAAGGACACUUCGACUUCGAGCGAAUCCAAUUCUGUUCCAUCGUCGCCCAAAGCGGCAGUUCGGGAUAAAACUGAUGAUUUGAAUUCGACGCAAUACGCUGAAAUAAUUCUGACUAAAAGGGUGUCAGAUUUUAUCCCUUCUAGGCCUACAAGGGAAUCGGAAAACCCCAUUCUAAGGCAGGACUUUUCAGGAAGCCUCUCGGGUUUACCAGAAAACUUACGAAAUUUGCACAAGCACCUCACUGAGUUGUCCCAAGAUCGGUUUCUCGAAGUACGCAACGCAAAGACAACUCCAUCCACAACUCCCGAAUGUGCUCGAAAACCCAACGAAGGAAGCCAACGAUUGCCGAAAACUGUUUCUCCGAGACAUUCGCCAAAUCAUUCACCGCGCGCAAAGGAGUCGCCAGGUCCGCUUUACUCAAAUAUGGAAUUCCAAUUUAUGGAGGACAACAACAGUUCUCGGCGAAGCUCUGCAUGCAGCAGCGUUAGUUUUAAUGAACGGCAGAGCUUGAGUAGCUCAGAGGAUGCAAACAGAGAUACUGAGGAGUCGCCCUAUGAAAACAUUAAGGGUUUAAGUGUGAAUGAGGCUGGAAGAACUCGAAAUGGGAGCGAGCCAGUUGAUAUUGUGUACAGUGAUUUGCAUUUCCAUGAAGCGCACCGAUCUAGAGCAGUACUUGAAAAAACUGUAACCAGCCCUGUUAGUACCUCGCACGAGACAGUUAGCACCGAUCACUCGAGAGCUCGCUCACUCCCGGUACAGUCAAGCCCAAAAUUACCUCCUCGAGAAAAAUUGAACCUGAAUUCAAGCGAUCCACGACCGAAGAGUCGGAGUCUGGGAAAGCUGAGUGGAGGCGCGCUCGGAUUUUACGUUGCGCAUUUUGUCAAGCGAGUAACUGUUCAGAGGUCGAACGCAAAAACUCUGCAAAUGACAAUUCAAGAUAUUGUGUCAAAGACAAAAGUAGAGGAUUGCUCUUCAGUAAACGUAGAAGUUACAUCUGAUAUGAUGCGAAUUAGUACAAACUGCGCGCCUUAUGAGGUGAUCGCAAGUUUUGAUGUGGAAAACAUUGGCUGCAUUGAUUUGUUUGAGCAGGACCACACGACCUUAGGAGUUGUAGUAUGUUUGCCGGAUGUAGACGCUGAAUGUUUUGUCAUUCGAUGCUCAGAAGCUCAGAAGAUCUACAGUGCAGUCAGAAACGCUUUCAAUUCUUCAAACUCAAAGACUUUCAAGGUGCCAGCCUCGACUCCAGUUGGACCAGAGAGCUGGUUGGGAGAUGAUGACAUCACAACGUUCACUGGCAUUUCGUAUCUCGGAUCACUCAAGGUCAAAAAGUCGUACUUGUUGAUCAACGAAAGUAUCACAUCUCUCCUGGAAAAGGCACAUCCCAAAGAAUUCAAAAACACUUUUGUUGAAGUACAUGCCAAUCAAAUUCGAAUAAUAGAUUCACGGGACAAUAAAAUAAUACAUCAACACGCCAUUCCAUGGAUCUUACUGCUCGGUGUUUACGAUCAAGACACAAGGCUCUUCGGCUACAUUGUGUCGGAUGCACGACAAGGGGAAAAGACCCGGAUGAUUUGUCAUGCGUUCCGAUGUAGUCGCAUCACUACGUCAGUGGCUGUAACUGAAGCUAUCCGGCUUGGUUGCCAGGCCACGUAUUCCGAACGGAGGGACUCGGUUCGAUCAUCAAGGCGAAUCUCGUUCAUUUCAGAUAGUUCUAGUGGUGGAUCUUUGGAAACCAUGUCUUCGCCGCCGAAUGAACAUCUUGAUUCCGCGGUUGAAAAACCGAAAAGCAAACAGCAGAGUUCAAAACAAGAAAACCCCAAAGCAAAGGAGAAGGAUUUCAUAAAAAGCAGCCUGAAGCCGAAACGCUUUGCCUCCAUGCCAAAUUUAAUGAGUCGUAAGUCUUCUAAAAAAGACAAAAAUCUCAAAAUGGAAAGCCACACCGACAAGAAUUCUGGGAGAACUACCUCGAUCAGUUCUGCGGAAGGGGAUGACGUCAUCGAAGGUUCAUGGGAGGUAGUGGAGGAGGAAAAGGUUUACAAUUUUGAUGUAACAUAUCUCUGUUCCACUGUUGUCAAUCCACCUCUCCGACCAAAACACUUGCGUGAAUGUGUCAAACAAUACCAGAAACAGCAGGCUAAGUUCCUGAAAAAAUUCGGACACGAACAGCCUUCGAAUGAGGUUGCUUUAUUGGUGUGUAUAGAUGGAGUUGAAAUGAAGGACUCACAGAAAGGAGGCCAAGGGAUGUUUUUCCCCCUAAGUUCAGUUAGCAAUGUAAUGGCUCAUCCAGAGACACCUGAAUACUUUGCUUUCGCGACUGUGGUUACUGGAGAUUCAAAACAUAAGUGCCACUUGUUUCAGCAAACGAAAGUUCCCUCUUCUGAGUUGAUUCAGAGUUUCCAAGCAUUUAUGUAGAGGAAAGUCCUAACAAACACUGCAUCACAAAAGCACGAAUUUGUUGUAGAGUGGUUGCUGAGUAACUGUGGUAAAACUAAGACCAAGUUCUGACUAAUCAAAGCGAAAGCUUAUCAGUGUCAAUCACCCUAUCAAAAAAUAAUGAAAAUGUGCGUCCGGCGCCAAGCGCGGGAAAAAUGCCAUUUGCGUCAUUGCUGGUUUUGAUCUUAAUUGCCAAUGGUUAAAAUUUGCUAGGUUUGUGCUGAUUACACCAAAUGACAUUGUAUUACUUGAUUAUCGCUGGGGAUUAACGAAUAGAGCGAAACUUACCAAAACAAAGAAUGUCAAUUAAUUUUCAUUCUGCGAAAAGCUCACUACAUCCGUGUACCAAUCCACGAUACCAGCCGGUUGUUUUGAAGCAGGAAUUGACCAAGGAUCUAAAACAAAUUCACCCAAGAAACGGGUUUCAAAUGGCCAUUUGUUCGGAAAUACAUGUCAUGUUCGAUUUUAACCUUCGUUAUUAAUCAUCAACUUAUCUGACCUACCGAGUAUUUGUAGAAUUGUAAGGUUCCAUUUUUUUACUAAUCACAGAAAAUGACGUGUGAGACAAAUUUGAAGCAAAUUAGGAGACAGAGCUUCUUGCCAAAGAGAAUUACUUAUACAGAAGUAUUUUUAUGCCUAUCGUUUUAUAAAGUAAAUUUAGAUUUCCGGGUAAUUUAUUAGUCUUCAAUGUCAGUGAAAUGUUUCCAUCGGAAGGUACUAUUUUGCAUGGUAGCAAACAAAAGAGUCUUGCUAGAGGUCUUCGAAUAGAAGAGAUCACAUUUAUAUAUUAUACAUAUGUAAAAAAAUACUAUUUCUUGUCUCGAGAACGACAUGAUUCUUAGCUUAGUCAUGGAUAUUGUGACAACGAAAACGUUUGUGAGAUUUUUUUACCAGUCCAUUAAAAAUGAACACAAGUUUUAUGGAG